UCUAUGUAUAUAGCUAUACAACAUAACUAUAUAUACACACACAUAUAUAUAUAUAUAACAAUUUCUCAACCUUAAUUCAGCUAGCAUUGUGAUCAUGGCCUCCCCUGGCCUCUGUUACUUCAAUUCUUCAUUACCAAAUUUGAAUUCGACUCGUAUUUUUGCUCGUUCUAACAAUCCUAAAAAUGUGGUCGUUGAAAGUGCUCGAUCUUAUUGGACAUCGAUGGAGUCCGAAAUCGAAGCCUAUCUAAAGAAGGCCGCCUUAUCAAUCAGAUCGCCGGAGUCGGUCUCGGAGCCCAUGCACCACCUCACCUUCGCAGCGGCUCCCAGGACCACCGCUCCUGCUCUGUGCCUCGCAGCAUGCGAGCUCAUGAGCGCCAAGCCCGGCCCGAGCCCGAGCCCGGCUGUAUUGGCUGCGGCGACGGCGAUACAUCUGGUGCAUGCCGCAGCGCACGUGCACGCCCACCUACGGCGGACCGGAGUGGGACACAGAUUUGGUCCCAACGUGGAGCUUUUAAUAGGAGACGGGAUGGUCCCGUUGGGGAUGGAAUUGUUGAGGAGGUCCAUGGACCCUGAGGACCCCAACGGUAAUGGUGAUCUGAUUCUGAGAGUGAUGGCGGAAAUUGCUAGGGCCGGCGGCGCGCGGGGGGUGGUGGAUGGGGUUUACUCGUCGGACAUCGCACGUGUGUGUGGCGAGCUUCACGCGUGCGGGGCCGCCUGUGGAGCCAUAUUGAGCGGGGCGGCGGACCACGAGGACGUGGAGCGCCUGAGAAGGUUCGGACGCUAUGUCGGGAUGGCUCAGGGGAGUAGACAGAAGAAGAGAAGUGAGUCGGAAUAUGAAUGUGAAUGUGAAUAUGCUGCAUUGGCACGUCGGGAGAUUGAGUGGUUUCAGGAUAGGAAGAAGAUACAUAUUGCAGACCUCAUGAUCGACGCCAUUAUUGACCUCAGCUAUAAUAUGGAUGAUUAUUAUUUAGACAGGGUCUGGAAUAUUAAUUAGAUUAUUGUAUAUAUAUAUAUAUAUAUAUAUAUUCUCAUCUACGUUGGACUCUGGUUUACGGAUAUAUAUGAUUGAUGAUUGCAUU